AUGGAGAAUCAGCCACCCAAAAGAGAGCCAGAUGAAGAAUCGGAGCCUGAUGAGCUUGACCUGAUGAAGAUUUUGGCUUUGCGCUGCCAGCCUGAAGCAACUUCCAAUGGCGCAACUAAGACCAAAGCUUCUGAAACUUCCUAUCAGGGAUCAACAGAUGUUGAAGAUCCAACUCCGUGUAUAAAAGACCCCCAAACCAGUGCAAACACAGACAUGAAUUCCCCUUCCAAACUCCCUCCAAAGGAUAAGGAUCAGCUCUCCAAGCCACAAACUGUGAAUCUUGAUAUGGGCACCAACGCCAUAGAGAAUACGAAUGAAGCUGCCUUGGAGUCAAACGGGGAAGAACAGCUUCAAGCCGUUCUUGCUGCCACAUACCAGGAGCCCAUGGUUGGAGCGUAUGCUGUCGCUCCUCCACCAGAUCAAUCCACCAUAGAGGAGAACCAGGACGAUGAGAGCGAAUCAGAUGAAGAAUUAGCAGUCACACCCCAUACAAGUGUAGCAGCUCGGCUCUCUGUUGCCAUACCGGUGGAUGAAAACCAUGAGCGGCAAGCCCAGUCAUUGCCAACAGCAGAGGAAUACAAUCUAGACGAGCAGGCGAGAAUGAGAACAGAACGAAAAAGGAAGACUCAUUUGAUCAAAGCAACAAUCUGUAUCAGCCUUGGAGCCCUUAUUUUCGCAGGAUUCGUUCUGUUGAUUGUUUAUCUGCUUGGUUUGGACGAGAAGGUCGAUCAACAGGAGGCCCACGACGGCAACACUGGCCAUGCUUUUACUUCACACAAUACCACGUCCAAUGAAAUUGAAGCAUAUGUUAUGGCCUUGCUACCAAACAAGACAAUUGAAGCUAUACGGUCGAAACCUGGUUCACCUCAAGCGCGGGCUGCUCAAUGGCUGCUGAACGACAUUCCGCACUGGAAUCAUACGGAUCAGCGAGUUCUGCAAAGAUUUGCGUUAGCAACAUUUUACUAUGCGACAGGUGGAGAUGACUGGUUUGAGAAUGAAGGCUGGCUCAACCACAGCUUGAAUGACUGCAAGUGGUUCUCGACGUGGAAAGACCCUUGCUAUGGAACGCCUGGAAUCAUGGAAUUCAUCCGUGAAGACCUAUUCUUGGAAGACAACAACCUUCAAGGCUCGUUACCUCCAGAGAUGUUUCUCCUCACGCAUGCAUCAAUUGUUGGCCUCGCCAAGAACUCGUUGGUUGGUUCUAUCCCUUCUGAAAUUGCGGAUUUGUCAGACUUGAAGGCCUUUGUUCUCCAUGAGAACCAGUUGACAGGCACAGUGCCUCCAAUCGAACCCUUCCCGCGUAUUAUGCUGGUUCAGCUGUCAGACAACCAGUUGAACGGCACACUGCCAACCAAGCUGCAGAACUUGCCGCUCCUAUUUGAUUUCAAUGUGACCGGGAACGCGCUGACCGGAACCCUUCCGACAGAGUUUGGUCUGUUGGAAGGAAUGAAGAACCUAUGGCUCAGCAAUAACCAUUUUGAGGGGUCCAUCCCUGCUGCAAUGGCAAACCUUACUCUGAAAGAGUUUGCUGUGGACGGAAACCUAUUGACUGGGGAGAUCCCAUAUGGCAUGUGUGAGGUUGAUCUUUUGCAGUUUGACUGCUUAGAGCUCUGUGGAUGCAACUGUAGUAGCAAUAGUUGCGGUGGGGGUACCGUUCGGUAGCAAGCAUUGUGGUAGUGCAUGUCUAUCUAAGUUUCUGAUGGAGUUGCUU